CCUAGAUCUGGGUGACGGUUCAGAGAUGCGUGACUCUUGACUCGGUCCAUGGACUUGCCCAUCUUGACCAUCACAUCUCAUUGCUCACCUUUGCGCGACUCGAAUAUAGCGCGCAGCUCCUGGACAUCUCGGCGACCAAAUCACACUCCUCGUCAAAGCUGCACGGACGGUGAAGAACGGGGUUCAUGCGCUUCGCACAGGCUCUCCUGCGACCGAGGCUCAAGACUGGAGGUGCAAAUACACAAGAGGCGCUGCCCUCCUCAAAGUUCAGAGCCUUUAUCCGGCCUGCGCGCGCCAACGUCGCGCUCCGUCUUCCUUCCCAAAAUUCUGUCAGGAAUCUUCGGGAGAAGCAAAGGAGCCCCUUUGCCGCCUGCGUGCUUCGAACCGCGGUAACGAUGCCAAGGCUGGAGCGAUCCUCUUCACUCGCUCUUGGCCUUUCAUCGCAGGAGGACGCUAUAGUCGCGCUCUUGGCCGACACGUGUCGAUGGAUCGAGCAGACUCAACCGCAGAUAGAGCCUGCGGCUGGGGUCGAGCCUGUGCACAUCGAGUACUACGAGGGAUGGAGGUGCGAGGCGAGAAUAGCUGGAGGUUGGGUCAGAGAUAAGCUCAUAUCACAGCCUUCCUCGGAUCUGGACGUCUCGCUGUCCAGCUUGACUGGUCACACCUAUGCCCUGCUGCUAUCGCAGUACCUUCGAUCAGCCGACUUCGCCUCUUCGCAGCUAGCGCAACAUCCUGUCUUCAAUGCUGAUGCUGGGGGUUCAUCGAAACAGCCUUGGCUUGGGUCUAUCACUCGCAUAGAGGCGAAUCCUGAGCAGAGCAAGAAUCUGGAGACGGCUACUGCUGUGCUCGCCGGUCUUAGUUUGGACUUUGUGAACCUCAGAAAGGAAGUGUAUGAUGGCGAGACUCGCAUACCAACAAUGACCUUCGGAACGCCCCUCGAAGACGCUACUCGCCGAGAUACCACGAUCAAUUCCCUCUUCUACAAUGUCCACACCAGGGAGGUGGAAGACUUGACAGGCAUGGGCAUAAAUGACUUGCAAGAGGGAAUCAUUCGCACGCCGCUAGAAGCUCUUCAGACCUUCACGGACGACCCAUUGCGCAUUUUGCGCUGCGUGAGGUUUGCAGCCAGAUUGGGAUAUCGAUUGGAUGACGGUAUCUGGGAUUGCCUGGAGAGUGAGCAAGGGGAGGGUGUUAGAGCGGCUUUGAGGGACAAGGUUAGCAGGGAAAGAGUGGGAAUAGAGGUUGACAAGAUGCUAGCAGGCGCCGAUCCUCACCGCGCGAUCCACCUGUUGCACGCCCUUGGUCUGUACCCACUCGUCUUCCUGUGGCCGUUGUCCGAACCCUUAAAGCAGCUUCCACCGGGCUCUACCACGGUCAAUGCAGACGCGCUUGGCGGCGAGGCGACCGUACAGCCUGCUCAGACAGCAUUACUAGCCUCCUACAUACUCGAUGGCUUCUACCGACUUGUCUUGCCAGACGCUCCGCCCACUCUUCAUUUCGAGGACCGAAGGACAGUCCUAAACUCGGCGGGGCUUGACUACUUCUUUGGCGCAUAUCUUCAUGUUCGAGAAACAGGGCUUCUUGCUCCUUUGAAAGACAAGGAGCAGCGAAGGCGGCUGUUCCUAGCUGCUGCACUUCUCCCUCUCCGACACGUCGCCGCGCAUGAACGGUUAGAAAAGUGGUGUUGGGCUGGAGAGCAUGUGAUACACAACGGGCUCAAGCUAGGCAAGACUUCGACGCGCGAGCCACUAGCUGCCUUGUACCGAGCUGCGGAUAUCCUGGAACAACCAGAGCUGAACAAGCUAGUUGUGGAUCAUCAAGAUUCCUUCGUCCGAUGGAUACCUCACUUCUCACCACGAGGAGUAGCGCAGCUGCACUGGAAAGCCAUAGCAGGUCUUCUGCUGAAUCGCCAGCCAGCGAUCACGGACUCCCGCAUAGGAGUCAAUUUGCCAUCUUCGCUUUUGAUCACCAUGGUCUUUGAUGUUGCACAGCGCUUGUAUUCUGCGCUAUCUGGCCCGAGUGACGUUGCGGUCGGCUUGAAGAAUUCUGAAACUUCAGCGCCGUCGAUCUUUGACUCCGAAGCCGCGCUAAACGCCUUAUUUUGCGCUCCACGAGAGUACAUCUAUUUCUGGCAUCUCGUUGUCGACGAAUGGCAACUACUUCCACGCGCAGAGGAGCGUCCACGCCUCGACGGAGUUCAGAUCAAAGAAGCAAUAGGUGUGGCUCCAGCAAUCCUCACUGGUCGUAUUCAAUGUGCCAUACUCGCGUGGCAAUUUCUCAGAGACGCUCCGCCAGCCGCAUCGGAUCCAUCCUACCCAUCAUGGUUGGCAAAAGAGCAGGAAAAAUGCUCCAAAUGGUUGAGUGAGGAGUGGCAGGAGGGACGCAUUGUGCCGCCAGAGGAAAGGGUGUUUGUGCCUCCGCCCAAGGAGGGGAGCAAAAAAGCCAAGAGUGCACAAAAAGGACAGCCAUCGGCGCAGACCAAGGGCGCGUCGAAGCCUGCGAAGAAACAGAAGAGCCAGGAAUAGAUGAUGGGGCGAAGGGCCCUUUACUAUCCUCAAGUGUCGAGAUUUGUGUGCGCAGAGAAUUGGGCGUGACGCUGGAGCUCUCUCUGCAUCAUUUUGAAGGGACGGCCCGAGCGUCUACAUUCAGAAUCACGUAAAUCUGUGUGAGGACCUUACCCAAUUUGGUGUUGAUCAACAGAUCAGCACCACCAAAUAUCUAUCCUGCAGCGGGAGUGCGUGCGAGAAAGGACGGGCGCCGACAACUUGCCCAAGCGUGCAUUUGUACCUUUUUCGAGAAGCGUACUUGCCCUUGGCCAACAAAGCGAAAGCUACAACGGAAAGCUGCAUGUUGCUGGGACGCGAGGUUCAAUGCGCCGAGCGUCGGACAGGAGGUGCGCGAGGUGAUAAAGGAGCUAGAGGUGAAGAGGC